AUGUUCGUGGUUCCCCAGUCUUCUCAGGAAUCCAGCAGCGAAACGAGACCGAGGAGGGAUAGCAGUGUUCUGGGCUCGAGCUGUGAAGCAAACCCUUUUGUCGAUCCCCCCGCCGAUCAUCCACCUCCCAUCUCUUUCUCGGAUGUUGAGAUCAUACGUCGACCGUUCAGUCCCACUCUCCACGAUGAGAUGUCCGUGUCUGCGGGAGAUCGUGUUCAUGUGGUGAGGAUGUUUGAUGACGGAUGGGCCUUGGUGGAAAAGGUUCUGGCUGGGUCGCCGUCGCAUGACGGUAAAGGAAAGCAAGUGCUUCCUCAGGCGGGAUUGAUCCCUAUUGAUUGCCUGAGGGAGAUAUGGCAGCCGCUUGAGGCAUUUUUGCAGGACAAUGAUGUGAGCAGAUAUUCAGGGACCGGUGUUGCCAUAUAA